UGUGAGGUAGCAGAAAGGAUACCUGGGAAAUCAUCCAACGCUGGGACAAUAGAGGAGAGGACGGGUCAUGUCCUGGGACUAGACUGUUACUCUUCUUCUGAUGAGGAGUGUGACACGUGAUCAUGACAUUUAAUGGUGUUCCCCGUGGAUGGAGGCAGAGGUCCGCAGCGCUCCGGCGCCCAGCCGCCGAAUCUUGUGCCCUGCUGGUCCUUCCCGCCGGCCCAGGAGAGGGCGAAGAGUCGGGGCUGCAUGGGAGUCAGCUAUGGUGGGGCACUGGUCGUGCUGAUGCUGUUCCUGCUCAUGUUUGCGGCCCUGGGGUUUGAAGCAUACCAGAUUAACAACAUGCAGGAAGAACUGAGACAGAUGCAAAAGGUUUCAUCCGUGACUGAGUUUAAUACACCUCAGAUGCAGAUUGAUGAACGGAGAGUUGAGUUGAAGAGAAAAGACAUCAGACCUGCUGCACAUGUGAUGGGGCGGAUUGAGAAAAAAAAAUUCCCUCAGACUUUGCGGUGGGAGCCGAAGGCAGGUCGGGCGUUCGUGUCCGGAGGGGUGGCGUACAGCUAUGAAGACGGCGCCCUGCAAAUCAACGAGACCGGACUCUACCACAUUUACUCACGGGUGGAGUUGAUCUUUAAGGACUGCUCCCCUACGUCCUCGUUCACUCACUCUGUGUUUGUGAGGAGAGCGGGACGCCACACAGAUAUGAACCUAAUGCAGGCCCACAGAGCUGGCUUCUGCUCUCAGCAGCGAGGGCACGCCUGGACCACAGAGAGUUACCUCGCCUCCGCCCUGCAGCUGCAGAAAGCCGACAGCGUUUUUGUGAACGUAUCGCACCCCGUUUAUCUUACUCAUGAACAUUACGCCAACUUCUUUGGUCUCUACAAGAUCUGAAGGCCUUUGGUGUUUUAGUGUACUAAUUUGACUCCACUGAAAGAGUGCAGGCUGGUCACAACAUCUCUGAAUCUUACUCAUCACUUUGAUUCCUAUGUUGAAUGUAAUUUGGUACAAUAACUGCAUUGAAUAGCACAAUACAAAAUAAUCUCAGGGGAAAACUCAGGGGAAAUAUUGUCUUUAUUACCAGCUUUAAAAAUUGAAAUGAAUUGAUGCAAUUUCCACACAUAUACAUAAACAAAUAGUGCAUUUUUUAAAUAUAGGAGAUGUAUGUAUAUAUAUAUAUAUAUAUAAGAGUCAGGAAACACUAAUAACAUUUUUUAAAAAUAUUUAUUUUAGUGGAUCUGAUGUCUUAAUGUGCGAAAAGGUGUGAUUAUAUAAUGGUAAAUAAAAUAAUUUAUGUUGAUUUUCAUUUGGUGAAACAGAAAUGCUUUCUUGAUUAAAAAUCUGAAAGGUG